AUGUCUCAUAACCAACUUAUUGUUCCAUUGAAACCCGGCGAUACAAAAAUAAUUUACUUCGUAAAAAAUGAAGAUUUAUUCGAUAUUAUCCAUGAUGCCCAUAUCAAAACAGGCCACGGAAGACGAACCCGUGUAAUUAGUGAAUUACAAACAAAGUAUAAAAAUAUAACUUAUGAAUCAGUUACAUUAUUUUUGAGCUUGUGUGUUCAAUGUCAAAGGAAACAAAAAGUCCCAAAGAAAGGGAUCGUGGUAAAGCCAAUUAUAAGUCGUGAACUCAACUCUCGAUGUCAAGUUGAUUUGGUCGAUAUGCAAACGUGUAAAGAUGGUGAGUACAAAUUUAUUCUGAAUUAUCAAGACCAUCUCACUAAAUUUAUACAGCUUAGACCAUUGAAGAGCAAAACAGCAGAGGAAGUAGCCCUCACGUUGCUGCCAAUUUUCCUCACUUUCGGUGCACCAAAUAUUCUACAUUCCGAUAAUGGGAGAGAGUUUUCUAAUAAAAUUAUAAUAGAUUUGUGCUCGAGGUGGGAGGGUGUAAAAAUUGUUCACGGUAAACCUCGUCAUAGUCAAUGUCAAGGUUCCAUCGAAAGAGCCAAUCAAGAUUUUCAAAAUAUACUCAGAGCCAUGAUGCACGAUAAGAAAACAACAAAAUGGUCAGAAGCUUUACCAUUUGUUCAAUUCGCAAAAAACACUGCUUAUCAUCAAGGAAUAAAACAAACACCGUAUGAGGCAAUGUUUGGUAGCGUUGCUAAAAGGGGCCUAGCAACAAGUUCAUUGCCACGAGAACAAAUAAAAUACAUUGAGACCGAAGAGCAGCUUGAACAAAUUAUUCAGUCAAUAGAUGAUGAUAACACUGAGCAAGUGGAACAAAAUGACAAUGAUCUACAACAGCUUGAAACAAUUUUACAGUCAAUUGAUGAUGAUAACACUGAGCAAGUGGAACAAAAUGGCAAUGAUAUACAUUCUGCAGAGAGAGUGUUAGUUAAUGAGAUCCAAUAUAAUAACACUGAGCAGGUGGAAGAUAAUGCUGAGCAAAGUAAACUAGAUCAUGAAUUAAAAAAAAAAAAAAAAAACAUGAUUCAAAAUAGAGCAGCAGCAAGAAUGGGACUUGAAUUACAAGCUGAAAGAAUGCUACGUUCAUCAAGACAAAAGUUUACUCCAGCUAAACCUGGUGAUACUGUUCGUAUCCGAGUUCCUGAUGUUGACCGAGGGCGUAUGGAUCCACAGAACAUAUUGGCAGUUGUCGUAGCUGUCGAUAAUAAAUUAUACACACUAGGCACAAAAGAGGGUGUAAUAAAUCAAUUAUACACCCGUAAUCAAUUUGCUGUAUGUAAAGAACAAAUAUUAACACCUGAAGAAGUUGCUACUAACCAAUCCGUGUCCUUAAGGAAAGCUUCCACUUCAGUUUCUCAAACAGGUGGACAGGGAUACAUGAGAUGCAAUUGA